CAGGAGAUCGCUGUUAUCAGCUGUUAUCGUCUCUAAUAUUAUGGCUACAACCAGUAUUUUCAUAUUUCAAGCUUUGGUUUCCUUAUCACUAUGCCAAAAUCCAUUUUCAAUAACAACUUACUCCAACGGUACAUACUCCCUGUACGUCAAUGGAAAAGAGUGGCUAAAGAGUGCGCCCGCCUUCUUCAGAGACAGUGGCAAGUUGUUCACUGCUGAAGAUGGGAGUCUUAAGCUGUUCUACACCGUUCACGAAGUGGGAGUGGACAAAUUGGGCAAUUUCACUACAUCGGAUUAUCUAUAUUGGGCUGGAAAAAAAGAAAUGUUUGUAUCCAUUAGACAAUACGACCAUGAUCCGAAUUUGGUAGUGUUUAUUCAGAACUAUACCGAUGGAGCUAGUGGCGCAAAAGCUGAUUCAUUUGAUAAAAUCAUAUCCGGGUUCCCAGGAUUUCAAGUUCAAGAUGGCCCCGUUAACAGAGGUUAUCUUUCCUUUGGAGGAUAUAUGUUGGGUGAUACGCACAAAAGUAUAGGAAAAUGGGGAGACCAAACAAAAGAUAUAAGAGACGGACUAACGGGAGGACCCCUGGUUAUAUUUGACGAAGAGGGUAACACGUUGAUUAUCUCCCCUCUUUCUGAGUUUAUGGUGGCCUCAAACUGGCAGGACAGAGAAGUCGGGGGGAACAUAUAUUGGGGCCUGAUGGGAGGGAUAGACGAGGUGCCAUAUCACUACACCUACAUGACGAUAGUCUGCUACGCCAAGGGGAUCAAUAAGGCUUUUGAAAAAUGGGGAACAGCUUUAAGAAAACUAUAUGGAAGCAAAGAGAAUUCCCUGGCACAAGAUCUUACACUACACAGGGCCGGUUACUGGACAGACAAUGGAGCAUACUACUAUUACAAGACUGAACCACAGAAGAAUUAUGAACAAACAAUGUUGGAUCUUUUGAACAAAACAGUGUUCACGUUUAACUACUUUCAGUUUGACUCCUGGUGGUAUUACAAAGGGCUAGCCGGUGGGGUGAAGCUUUGGGAGCCACGUACAGAUGUAUUUCCUCACGGUCUUGGAUAUAUCUACAACAAAACGUUUUCUUUAUUGGCACUUCAUAAUCGAUAUUGGUCAGCGGAUACUCAGUAUGCUAAGCAAAACGGAGGGGCUUACAACUUCAUUGUUGAGGAUACGGGUGCAUUGCCAGUGGACCAGAAAUUUUGGAAUGAUCUUCUUAACAAAACUCUAACUUGGGGACUUGUUAUGUACGAGCAAGAUUGGUUGAACGUUCAGUUUGAUAAAAUAAAAGCCCUCAAAACGAACCUGACAUUGGGAGAAAUGUGGCUCACCCAAAUGAAUGAGGCUGCGAAGACCAACGACGUGUUUAUACAGUACUGCAUGGCAAACCCUCGCCACGCACUGCAGUCUCUUACUCUCUCGCAAGUAACGCAGGCACGAGUCAGCGACGACUACUCACCCGGCGGAGAACAAUGGCGGAUCGGAGUGUCGUCCAUGUUUGCUUACGCUUUAGGAUUGGCGCCAUCAAAAGAUACAUUCUGGACAACAGACGUACAACCAGGAAAUCGUUACAAGAAAUCCGAACCUUAUACGGAACUAAAUGCGUUAGUCGCCACCCUUUCUACUGGUCCUUAUGGCCCAAGUGAUAUGGCAGGCCAUAUUGAUUACCGUCUUAUCAACAAAACCUCUAUCUAUAUUGGACAACUAAUGCAUCCAUCAAAACCAGCAACUGCAAUGGAUAUUCAAAUCAUAAAGCAAGCAUUUGAAUCUUUGAAAAUGGAAAUCUGGUCCACGUAUAGCAUGAAUAUGUUUAAAAACACAAGCUUGAACUGGGGAACGAUACUAGCAGUUGAAACCUCUGGAAAUGUCACACUAAAAUAUAAAGACAUGGACUUUCUGACCCCUGGGGUGUCCUAUUUAGUCUAUGAUUACAAGGACGUGUCAUCUUUCCGAGAAUUUAAGACGUCUGAUAAUUUGGUGCUUCCAAACAAUUGUACCAAAUCUGAGUUUUGUCUUUUCCACUUUGUUCCCAAAUUAGAAUAUGGAAAUAACGAAAUAUACAUGUUAGGAGAUGUAAGUAAAUGGAUUCCGGCUUCAAGCACCAGAAUCAGAUCCAUUGUGUAUCAGGAGGCGGAUCUCUUAAUCAAUCUGUGGGGUGGAGCAAAUGAGGAAAUCACCAUACACUACGUGUUCAAUGGUAAACUAAAAUCUAGCACGUGUCCAAUAAAGACUACUGGUUGGAACUGCAUUUCCAUGCUUACUGGAAAAUGUGUAUAUUGAUCGUGGUUGUUCAAAAUAAAAAUACAUUUUUCAUACAUACAUGUAUAAUAAUUAUCCUAUAUUGAUAUGAAAGAUAAGCACUUUGUGAAAUUACUGUGCAAUUUUCCUGAAAUAAAAUCAUUUAUAUCUACCACCUGUAACAUUUUCUAUACAAGAACGUAAAU